AUGUUAGAAGAUUAGCAAUCAGGAAAAGAAGUACCAAAAGGAUCUGAUCUAUAUUUUUUCAGCGAAGAGAAAUAUAUAGAAGAGAAGCCUGAAGAAUUUGAUGAAGCCAGAAGAGCUUUAUUGAGAGAAACUCCUUCAGUAGACAAUAUUUAUGAAUUUAUGAAAGCUUUAUAUGAAUGUUCUAAGUUUUCACCAGAAUGUUGCAUUAUAUGCCUUGUAUACAUUAAUAGAUUAAUAGCUUUUACAGGAAUGCCAUUAUAUCCAACAAACUGGAGACCAUUAAUUUUAUGCUCUUUACUUGUAGCUUAGAAAGUAUGGGAUGAUAAAUAUUUAUCUAAUGCUGAUUUUGCAUUUAUUUAUCCCUUUUUUGUUACUGAUGAAAUAAAUUAAUUAGAAUAAAGAUUCCUUGAAUUAUUGUAAUACAAUGUGACAGUAAAAAGUGCUCUUUAUGCUAAAUAUUAUUUCGAAUUAAGAGCUCUCUUUAAAAAUGAAUAGGAAUUCCCUUUAACACCUUUGGAUGUUGAUGAAGCAUAAAAAUUAGAAUUGAGAUCUUAAUAAGUACAAUAAAAUGAGAAAGAAAAAGCUAAAAGCUUCUCAUUAACAUAUAAUGAAAAAUAAUUAAAAAGACCGAAUGCAACUCUUUAAGUUUGA